UUUCGAUAUAAAUAAAUAAACAAGCAAAAAAGAAAACAAGAAGCCAUCACAAAACAAGCCAAAUGCUUCAAACUUCAAGAAAAAAGGUUAUAAAUCGCUCGAUAUGAGUGCCUACAACCGUCGACCGCCCUUGCAAAAGGUUCGUAGCUUCGACGCCGAGUUGGACGUGUCCGGAUACACGUCCUUCCGGGCGCAACACAACUCCACCGCUGAGACGCCAUUUUUGUUGGGGGAAAGCGAAGCCGAGAACGAGAACUGUCGCAAUGCCUCGAAUACAGCGUUUCUGGCUUCCCGCGGGAUGUCCACCCCAGGUGGCCAGCAGGAGCACCUCUGGGAGAAACAACAUCCACCCGCUGUACCGGAUAUGCGGGGCUCCCCAUCGAAGGAAGAAGUUUCUACGACGCCGCGCCUCCAGGAGGCACACAGCAUGCCCAAGCGUCGCAAGAAGCACUUCCAAUCCCCACACAGCAGCCCCAAGAAAUCGAAGAAGCUGCUCUUCCCCCAAGACCAGCCGAAGCCAAAGAAUCGCUUCUACGGAGGCAUGGAACACCUGGACAUCGUGGCAAGGCUGUCGCAGACACAGCCAGCGCUGGAGUGCAUACUGCGGCAUGUGAGUGCCCACACGCUGGACGUGAUGACCCAGGUGUCGCAGGCAUGGAAGGAUGCCGUCUACAGAAGCCAGCGAGCCGUGGAGCGGCUACAGAACCAUCGCAUCAAACUGAACCUCUCCAAGGAGAAUCCGCUCGUGCCCAAGAGGCGGCGUCAUCUAGCACGAGCCAAUACAACUACUGUGCCAUUACAAAUCUCGAAUCACGGCAAUCAGUCCAACAGUGCCUCUCUUCUGGACUCGGGCUACUCUAGCAUUCACCUGCUGGCGUCGGACACUGGACGGGUGUUGCGCGAACAGAAGCAGAGGGUCAAGUGCCCACGCUGCGGCCGAGGAAGUCGGGUAUUCGUCAGCGAAGCAGCACGCGAGGAAUCCGCACUAUCCCAGACUUUGCCUCUAAGGAACGCAUCCAUCACCUCCGAUGAGCGGCUGCCGCUGACGCGAUUCCUAUCCCUGGACCUCGGCGAGAUCAACAGUCCCCUGCAGCAGCCGGCGUACAACUUCGCCGAAUGCACCAGCCUCGUCUGCCAGUUCCGUUUCUGCAUCAACUGCCUGUGCAAGUCCCAUCCUGGAGAGCGGUGCUUGGUCACCGAACUGGACACACCCUCCAAGCUGAUGAUGCCCAAGGAACGACUUACGCCGCCACAGCGCUCCCAAAACCGCGAUCCCAAGAUGAGAAGAAAGAACUCGCUGAAGCGGCUCUGCUUCUAGCCCCAGCUUAUUGUUAGCAUUUAGUAUUCGGGUCAUAAUCUCAUUCAUUUUGUAUUAUGUUUAGUCCGUAUUUUCAUUGUCAUCACGUUACAUUCUCAUGGUCAUUUUUAAACCGUUCACUGUCGAUUCCGCGGAAUUCUGUACCUCUUUGAGAUUAAGUAUAUAAGAAAGUAUUUUUACAUUGUAUGCGAUUUAUAAAAACAUUAUUACAUAGAUACAUUAUAAAA